GCGUUUCAGUGUUUGGCGAGCUUUCAAACACGACGCAGGCUCCCCCCCAUAAAUUCCAACGUGCAAAAAGACAACCAUGUGUAUGUGUAUGAGUGUGUGAGUUUUGUGUCUGUGUGGCAGAGUUCAUCAAAGAUUCAACAGCCUGCCCAACAACAACAACAACAACAAAAAUAGGUGAAUAAAUAAAAAGCAAAAUCAAAGAAAAAGCAAAAAAAAAAUGUGAUAAAAAUGAUAAAUAAAUAGCCAAAAGAAGGAAACGCGUAAAAAGGAAGCAACAAGAAGGUUCCAGGUGCCGUGCUGCAGCCGUUGCCGGUAAGCGCCACUUGUGAAGCCAUCGUGACACACAAAAGGGAAUCUCCAUUGAACAGGCAAUUGACGAAAAAAGAAAGCAAAAGGCAAACUGCAAAUAGAAAAGGGACACGAGGAGGAGAUGCGGUGCUGCCGACGGUGACAGUGGCGCCACUCCAGGAUACCAUACCCCAGCCAGAUGACGGGUGGCAGCAGUGGGAGCAGUCACAGGCACAGCUCGAGGACAAACCGAUCAACGUGUCAACGAGAACGUCAACGUCAGCGCGUCGAGGAGGAUGCAAAUAGUCGCAAACAAGUGCCACAGCAACAGCAGCAACCAGAGCGAGCGGCCACCACCCAUUGAGGAGACGGAGACGCAACGCAGAGGCGCCCACCCCCAGCCGCAGCCGCAUCAUGGCGGACGCGGAGGAUGGCAACAGUGGCGCGAGUGGGAACGGUGGGGGCCAGGAGUCGCUGCGACUCCUCACAAAGAUAGACAAGGCCGUCUCCACCAACGACAUCCUGCUGGACCUGCAGCGCGCCCUCACCUAUGAGGCGGUGUUCAGCACUUUGGUGGAGCACAAGAUGCAGGCCCUCAAGCGCGACUACGAGGAGCACAAGAGGGCCAAGCGGGCCAAGAAGCGAAAGUCCAUUGGCCGCAUCUUUCUGCCCCGCAAGCUCUUCGGCGGCGGUCGACGGGGCAGCCGGGAGGAGGACUCAGUCGCAGCAGCCGCGGAGGAGCCACAAAUGCCAUCGGCAACAGCCACAGCUACAACCAAAGCAAAAACAAAACCAAAGGGCAGGGGCAAGCCGCAGGAUGACAUCGAAGUGGCCUCGGGUUCGGUGGACAGCUCGCUGCGUUUCCACGGGAAGAACCACGUGGAACCGUUGGAGGAUAGCCUGGCCAGCAACUCGCUGAGCACCUCGUCGGGCCCGGAGCCGGGCCGCCAGGCCAGGCACAGCCACAGCCUCCUGGUCCAUGCCCAGACCCACACGCACACCCCGGCCAAGGUGGACCUGCCGCGGCGAUCCGGCAGCUCAGAGGACGAGGAGGACGACAGGCUACGGACGGCUGUCCGCCCGGCCAAACAUUCCACAACGAGCAACGGCGAGUCUGAACUACUGCCGCCGGUUGGCUCCGGCUAUGAUAAUACCUCGACGACUGCCACAGCAACUGCCACGGUGAUAACUGCGGAGCGUGGGGGCGUCGUGCACAGCUCCACCCUGGCGGACGACAGUCUGACCGCCUCGCUGCGCGGCAGCAUUGAGAGCCUCUCCUACUCCAGCUCCCGCUGCACCGUCAGCUUUGGGGGCGCCGAGAUCAUCGCCGUUGCCGGCCUCGAUGCGGACACACGGGAGCGGAUGCGACUGGCCAAGCGACUGCGCAUCCUGGAGGCCAAGUCGAUCAGUGCCCAGUGCAGUCCCAUCUUCCCGAGGCAUGUGGUGCGCUCGUUCCCGCUGCAGGCACCCCAGCAAGCGCGCCUGCACAUCAACGUUCCCUCCAGUCUGGCCAUGCAGCCUCCGCCCGCGCCGCCGCCGCACGUGGCCGUGGAGAUUGAGACUCCUUCCGCUCCCGCUCCGGCACCUGUGCUGCUGCCACAACGCAAGCGGCUGCUGCCCAAGCAAAUCUCCUGCACGGACAGCGCCGGCAUGGGCGCUGGGGCCAGCGAAUUCGAGGGGGCGGCCUACUCGCGCUACUUCUCCCGCCAAAACACCUCGGAGGACAGUGCCAACGUGACCGUCAGCACGGUGCUGGCCCAGAGCGACUCGCAGUCGCUGCACGCCACGCCCAGCUACGCGAACACGCCCACAUCGGCGGCCGGCAGGCCGGAUCAGGAACGCCUCAAGUCGCGCAGCACCGGACUGCUGAACGUGCGCCCGCCAGCCACGGGGCUCGGCACAGACGCGGUGAUCAUUCCUAUGGAGCACGAGGGUGGGAGCAGAGGGUUCCGGGCCAGGCCUGCAAGACCGGCACUGGCCCAGGAGAAGCUCCAACGGAUGACCUCCACCUCCACGGGCUCCAGUGUGGCGCCGACGGGCUGCUGCAGUGCGGCCAAGACGGCGGCAUCGCGGGCAAAAGAGAAGCCGGCCCAGAGUCAGAAUCAGAGCCAGGCAAAGGGACAGGCACAGGGACAGGCACAGGGACAGGGACAGGGAUACAAGCCCACGCUGCCAUCCUCGGCAGCGACUGCGAUGGCGGCUCAGAGCACGGGCAGCGACGACGAGUACCGACGACGGAAGCGGAAGUACAAGCGCCAUCAUCGCUGCUCGGAUCCUGCGCUGGUGUACCCCACGCCCAGUGGUCUCCAGCAAUAUGUGCACGUCCUCGGCCUCACCCCCGGCUCGCAGACCAUACAAUGCCCGUACGGCGAGGACUCGCCCUGCGACCUGCAACUGGACAUGGAGCUGGAUCUGGACACAGAUGCUGAUAAAAUCGACGACCUUGAGCAGAUGGUUCCCGGCGGUCAUCAGCGGCAUCGACGAAAGCAUCGGCAUCGCCACAAAAAGCGACAUCGGCACAAAAAACCCAAAAUACUCGUACAGGACUUGGACACGGAGGUUAUUAAGGUAAUUGAUCCACACGAUAUGUCGAAGCGUGCACGAUGGACAAUAAUUGCCACCGCCUGCUUGCUACUGCUCAUGUGCCUCAUGCUAAUUGGGGUGACGCUGCGCAUGGCGCCGAUCAUCGAUGAUAUGGUCCGGCAGGAGAACGAGCGGAACAUACGGGAGAACAUGGAGCGCACGCGGAUGAUGAAGAAUCGAACGGAGUUGAAUCUGCAGCGCCAACAUCUGAUGGAGAUGCAUAUGCACGUUCCAUAACACGUUCCGACCAGGAGCAGUAGCAGCAGCACCAGCAGCAGCACCAGCAGCAGCAGCAGGACACAAUCAGCGGCAGGAAGGAAGUGACACCCGAGUAGGGCAGAUGCGGCCGGAUGAGAUACCACGACCAAGAUGGCUGUGUCAAAGCGGCAACAAGUUUUGUGACAAGCCAAACAGGGGAAGUACUCCCAGCCCCUCUCUAUCUCUUUUCUGCCAGCUGCUCCGCUAUCUUCGCUAUUGUCCAGACACUUUCUUCCUUCCUUCCCGCCCAAUUCCCUACACAAAUGUUAUGCGCACAAAAGGUAAAAUAAUAACAACAAAAUACAAACAAAUCAAAGGCAUAGAAUGGAGCAGCAGCACUCCGAAGUGCUCGGCAGAAACCCUGCACCACUUGUUUUGUAUCCACAAUAAAUGAGAGAAAUGAAGCAACCGGUUAGACCCCCCCCACCCCAUUGUCAGACGAGCAGAGGAAACGCGAAUUAAACUAAAGUAAACGUUAAAGUAACAUUAAAGUAAAAACCAAAAGUGAUCCAGUCUAGUGCUAAGUAAGAGUCAAUAGUCAAAAUGUUGUUAGUAGAGUUUGCUUCGAUGGCAUUGUAAAUGUUCUCAGUACAGUCCGAUCUGGUUUGCACCCCACACACCUCAUGGGAAACUCUCACUAAAAAUAGGAUUAUUUAUUUACUUACAAAUUAUUUAAUUUAGUAAAUCUUUUAAUUUUUGAUUUACUUGAACCAAUCAUAUGAUGAUUUUAUCUCUUAAUUGGUGGCGUAUUCCCAGAGGGCAACUGGCAACCAGAACGGACCAGAACGGAUUGUCUUGUGUGUAAUUGUUGUGCUUGGGGUUGUAUCUCCCGAUGAGAUUAAGGAGCGACGCCACUUCUCCAGAUAAAUAACGAAAGCCAAGGUUUCGAUUUUUAAGUUUUAAUUAAUUAGCAAAAUGGUUUCCAAAUGUUUUCCUUAUUUAGCUUAGCUUUUCCCCCAUUUGAUUUUAUCCCCAACGAGUGGCGUCGAUAGAAAAGUAAAUUUGGUCGAUAGUUAUGUGUAUUUGAAACUACAAAAGUUGUUAACUGAAUAAAAGUACUCCUAAGUAAAUGUUAAAGAAAGUAAAGUUGAGAAAAUGUAACGAAACGAAACGAAAAGUUUUUGUAACUCUAAGAAGAACUGGCAGUGGAACUAGGAAAAGGCAAAACAGAGGCAGUACAGUACGAGUAUUCCAGAGAUACAUUUCGAACAUAAAAUAACAAUAAAUAUAAUACUAUGCAUAACUGAAAAAAAAACCCCCAAAAACCCCCAAAAAGAGGAGCGAAAAUUCAAUUGUUUGGAGCAGGAAACCAAAAAAAACUUGUGCCAGAUUGGGGAGACAGAAUCGCGAGAAUAAUUGUUGUAUAGCAUAAAUAAAUAAAUAAAAUAAAAAAAAAUAACUAACUAAAUAGCAGACGAGUAAAUAAAUGUUAGGAAAUUAGCGGAUCGAUGUGAAACUGUUACUUAAGUGCAAAACGAGCUUGUUGUCGAAUUAAUUUUAAAUGGUAUUACAUUAAGUGAAACUAUGCUAAAGGUUAAAUGUUUUUUUAGGUGUUCAAUGUUGCAAUUAAUUUGUGGCCCAAGGGGCAGACAAAGACAAAGACGAAUCGCAUUGCCCCGGUCCGGUCAGAUCGCUGUGUACCAUACGAGUAUAUACAUACAUCUACAUAUACAUACAUACAUACAUACAUACAUAUGUAUAGUGCUAUAUAUAAUUUCAGUUUUCGUAUGCUAACUGAGUUGCAGGUUUAACGAGAAUUUUAGCUUGAAGCAAAAUUAUAUCGGUUUCAGCAUUGGAGGCUUUUGCAAGAUUGUGAACGUACCCCCCGCUUCGCUCAGCUCCUAUAUAGUAUGUAUCCCCUAUCAUCUCAUGUUACCUGUUUUUGGAGGCGGAAAACAUUUUCCAAAAGAUUUUGUGUGUCCAAAUUUGUUGCCGGACAGUCAAUUAAUUGGAUCUAAACAGAUGAAGAUAAACACUGGCUGUCCCUCGGGUAUACAUAUGUACAUACAUACAUAUAUACGAGUAGAUAUACAUGCAUAUACAUAUAUAUAUACAGACAUACAUGCAUAUGUGUUGGAGUUUCAGGGGGGUGGGUUUGGGGGAGUAGAGAGGUUCAGUGAAGGAAAUGAAAAGCUUUAAAUUAGCUAAAUAAAUUUCAGAAAUAAACAUUGAAUUUGCAUUAAGCCGGGCUCGGUGUUGAGUGCAUUACGAGUACGACGACGACAGACAGACAGACAGACAGACAGACAGACAGACAGACGGACAAAUAGAUACAAAAACACAAGCAGAAUACACACACACACACACAAACACAGAUAAACAGAUUUAUAAGAUUUGCAUUUCGGUCAAGGAAUCAAUUUCACAUUUGACCAGACAUCAAAUAUGGCCAAGAGAAACACAACACACACACACACACAAAACACAACUAUAGAUAAACGAGAAGAAAAAGUACGAUACUUAGUAAUGGCAUUUAGGGGGAGGGGGAGGGGCAUUCGAAUGGGGGAAAUGGCAGAUGGGAGAGAUAUGUACAUCAUAUUUACUAGGUUUGCAAAACUAAUUGAAGCGUGUGCUAAAGCAAACGAUGCAAGGAAACCAAACAAUUAACAAAACUAAAAUAAAUUGUCUGUAAUUAUGCGUAGAGCUAAGUGUGUAAAUUGUAAGCUGAAUUAUUAUACAAUAAAACAAACAUAUAGAAUACAACCAACUACAGCCGAAGCGAAGCCGAAGGUACAUACUGGAAAUACUCGUAACAUUUGUUGGCCAGAACACAACAGAAAAACAGUAAAUAGAAAACACAGGUUAAGAAAACUGCAAACAGAAUAUUGAGUAUUAACCCAUAAAUCAAAAUUGUUUCCCGCAAAAAUCAAACUUUUUAGCCUUUGAACGAGAGACUUUGGUGCCCAAAAUCCAUUUUGAGCAAUUAUUUACAAUGAAAAUACGAAAGAAUACACAAAGAACAAGAAACACACACACAAACUAAUGUAAAUAGGAAAGCGGAAACAGAUGGAAAAAAAAACAAUAAUUGAGUACACGAAAAUGGGCUUCUGCAAACCGCAUAAAUAAAUAUUAAUAUUAAUUAACAACGGAAAUCGAAAGAAUCCGAAAAAAAACACACACAUAAUAUACGCAAAAAAAACUGAUAAAACUUCAAAACUUGAUGCAAAGGAAUCAACUUUAAAUGUUAAUUGUUGCUCGAAAUAAACGUAAACGUAAAACAAAUACAAUACAUAAAUAAUUAUAAACGAAAACAAAUUAAAAAUAAAAUACAUUUGAACGCAUUCAGCGUUUUAUUCAUCAAGCAGAAAAUGUUGAAUCAAAAGCAAAACCAAAAUCAAAUUGUGUCACAUGUGUAGUAUAUCUCAGAAUGUAUUUGUAACUGGAAAAGUAUUGAAAUGCGCAACAAGAAUUCAAAAAUCAAAUGAAAAUAAACUGAAUUUACAA